AUGACUGAUUCACAUGUUAAAUUUGAAAAGCUAUUUAAAUUACUCAUAGACAAAAAAAAUGAAAUUGAUAAAGUAUUUGAAUCACAACCUGCUUAUUUUAUAGGACUUGAUUUCCAUGAAAGUUCCUUUGUACCACACAUUUCUUGUUGGACUACUGAACCACUUGAUAUAUUAAUUCAAGAAAAGCUUGAAGAAUUAUUUGAUGAUGAGUUUGAAGCCAUAAGUUUUGUAGUAACUCCCACAAACGAUGAAGAAAUAAAUGAAA